GGUACUCCGCGAGACAACCAGCAGACACCAUUGUCGUGAUUUACAUUCUCGAGUGGCAUCUCGACUGCGUAGUGGACGUCACACCUGAAGUAGCCGUUGAUAUUUUAGCCGAGACCCGACUUCUCUAUCGAUCGCCCUAUUCGGAAGUGAAAAUGCUCUGCAUCAUUUCAGCCAUUUGCCUUGCCUUCAUCGUUCCCGCGCGAAGCACUGCAUUGUUACCAAGAGACGUAGCCAAAGACGUAGACUACGAAUAUGGCACGUGGUACCGUACAAGCACGCGUCGUCCUCCACUUCCUAGAGGAUUGAUACCUGUCAGGGAAAGUGAUCCUGGUAGCACGGUGCACCUGUGGCGUCCGUACACGGUGUACUUUGUUGGCGAUAGGUAUUUCGACUCCCUCCAACGAGUUGUCCCGAGGUCGGAAAACGUUACGGAGUUUUACUUGUACGCGCAGUCAUACCUGAAUAUGGUUGUUUAUAACAUGAGAGAACUGCAACCUGGGUGCGAUACCAAGAUCAAGGUUCUGGGAACACGCGUCUUCACCGUUCAGGAAGAGGAAAUAUACCUGCCAAAGAGGAAGGAUAAUGUGGCGUCCGUUGACAUCACUAAUAUUGAAAUUCUUGAGGAAUUUAUAUCCAACAACCCCGAAGUGAAUGCAGCCGAUAUGGUGGUGUUUCUCACUGGGCACCCCUUAGGAGAAUAUCAGUGGACCGAGUACCGUCAGAAAACCUCUAGGAUGUGCAGUCGGCAGAAAUUCAUUGUUCUCACUGACCAUCCCUUUAGUUACUCCGUACACAACCUCACAAGUAUGCUAGUGCGCCUGAUGGGAGAUCCAGGCUUUCAUUAUGCCAGUCAGAGAGAGAACCAUUGCCUUACCAUCCGGAACGCGUACAGAAAAUAUCUUUCCGGGAACGAGGAGUCAGACGGCGAGCCCAUCCUGUGUUACAAUACGUAUGAUACCUGCUGCUUGCCUCAUUUCUAUGGGAUAUACAACGCACGUAGAGAACCCGUUUGCAGGCGUUACAGCGGUAUGUUGGCUCCCUCGACUACAGGUGAUAUGUGCAAGUUCAAAUGUACAAGUAUAUAUUACUUCCUACAAGCAUCCACAGGAACGGUGAAGAAUCCAAAUUCCGAGUAUUGGUCCAAAUCGCUACUCUGCCCUUCACCCGAAGAUGAGAUCUGCUUCUCCUAUGAUUAUUAUGGUGAGGGUCGUCGUCAUUUCUACAAGAACUUCAAGAAGGCGAUUUUCCAUGCGUGGGAAUUGGACGACUACGAAAUUCCAGAAACAGACAUAACCUUCUGCAUGCAAUAGGGAACCCUGUUUUCUGACGCCUAAAUAUAGAUCUGGCCAUUGUGUAGAUAACAGGAAGAGCUGU